CGUGGCGACACCUCCUGAUCCUCAAAAAAGUCAUCUGGGAACACUGGGAAGGGGUGGGUUUGUGUUGUGUGUUGUGUUUGUGAUGAACUGUUUUUAAUAGUUCCGUAUUUUUCGGGCAUUUUUCGAAUUUAUUUGGUUUUUGGUUCUAAAUAUUGCCAUUCAACAUGGCUGGACGUGCUUGUAUUGUAAAGCACUGUAAAAAUAAACGGUCCAUAACAGGCGACUCAUUUUUUACGUUUCCUAGGGAUGUCAGAAGUGCUACAGCUUGGGCAAGAGCUUGUGGUCGUGAAGACAUAAUAGAGAGGUUCCCCAGGUUUUGUAAGAGUUAUCGGAUUUGUGGAAUGCACUUUGAGGAAAAGUGCUUUAUUGAUGGACAUAGUAAUAAGUUAUGGGCUGGUGCAAUUCCUACCAUUUUCCCAACAUUGGAAAGCAGUUCACCUGACCAUACAUACGCUGUUAAAGAUGAUUCCUCUUCUAAUGUACAUCCCAGAAGUAUUUCAACAUUGUGUGCAAAGGCAAAUGUAACAGAUAAUGAAACAGUUGAGGAUCAUGAAGUCGAAAAAAACUUAAGCCUCAUAUCGACACUUACACGGGAGAAUUCAAAUAUCGAGAUUGAGAUUGAACCAAACACACCAGAGCCUAGAUCUUUUGAACCAAAAGCACCAGAACCUAGAUCUUUUGAACCUCUAAUAUCCAUACUCAAACGGGAUAAUUCAAAUAAAAAGAUUGGGAUUGAACCGAAAACACCAGAGUCUAGAUCUUAUAAACAUCGACCUUCCAUACUUAAACGGGAUAAUUCAAAUAAAAAGAUUGGGAUUGAACCAAAAACAUCAGAGUCUAGAUCUUAUAAACAUCGACCUUCCAUACUUAAACGGGAUAAUUCAAAUAAAAAGAUUGGGAUUGGACCAAAAACACCAGAGCCUAGAUCUUUUGAACCUCUAAUAUCCAUACUUAAACGGGAUAAUUCAAAAACACCAAAACCUAGAUCUCAUCAACCUCAACCUUUGAAAUCUGUGAUGCUAAAAGAUCUAAGUAUACCAAUAAUUAGAGUUGAUGCUCUAGAAGAAUGUUGUAAUAGAUUGAGCGAGGAAAAUAAUAAUCUUAAGGAGAAGUUAAAGGAAUCAUUGAGCGAAUUGAGCGAGGAAAAUAAUAAUCUUAAGGAGAAGUUAAAGGAAUUACAGAAACAGCCUGCUAGCUUACCAUCUCUAACAAAUAAUACAGGAACAAAUAUGCACUCAAGGUACAUUAUAGAUUUGAGAAAUAUUAAAGAAGUAUGCCGAACUUGCUUAUCAAAAUCUAAAAAUCUAACGCAUAUUAACGACAAGAUUACUUUACCAAAUGCACAAGCAACUGAGAUAGUGAUAUCAAAAGCUCUAGAGUCAAUUAUGUCUGCUCCACUCGCAGUUUCUGACAACGUUCCAAAUCAAAUCUGCGAAACCUGCAAAAAUCAAAUAAUUUUCAUAGCUACAAGUCGAUUUGCCUUCGAAAAGGCCAAUGCCAUCUUACAGUUGCAUUCUGCUGGUCGUCUAGAAAAGAAACCAAUCAACAAACAAAACACCAUUGAGAGAGAUAAUACUGAAAUCAAUAAUUUACCACAAUGCAAAGUGGAGGAAAUAGAUAUAUUUGAAGAACCUUUAAUUGAUCUGCAGAGUCCGGAACAAAUUGAUUAUGAAUUGGUAGACAGUGUCAAUGACGAUUUGGUUUCUGAUGGGGAUUCCCAUGAAUCUGACAAAAGCGUAGCGUAUGUAUCGAAAGUGGACCCAGUGCUACUACGACCAGACAUUAGCAUCGAAGAAGUUAAACCGAAAGAGGAACCACUGCCGUUACAAACAGAUAUUAGCAUUGGAGGAGGUCAUAAUAGACCCAAGUCUCCAAAAUACUCAAAAACAGUAAAACUCAUAAGUCAACAGAUACCCAAAAGCGUUAGCCACACAUGCCCGAUCUGCUUCAACUCUCUACCUCUAGAUGACUUUAUUCCGCACAUCGGAAGCCACAAGGCGCUACAAAAGUACUUACAUGCUCCAAAGAACAUACGUAAAGCUCGAUACAUAGCCUCUCCUCAUACUGGUAAGGGUUUGUUGGGUGGCGAGGGAGAAAUAUUGCAUAGCUGUCACGUCUGCCAGAAGCAGUUGAAAGCCGUUGAAUGUAUCACUCACUUGAGUCAGCAUCUUGCUGCCGAUCAGUACACUUGUGAGAAGUGUGGUAGAAUCUUUAAGAAGAAGCAGUUCCUGCUGUCACAUCUAGUGGUUCAUAAUGAAGAUCUUCCAUACAAGUGUGAUACUUGUGGUAAAGGUUUUCUUGGUGAAAUGAACUACAAUUGUCAUUUAUUGACCCACAAAGAUGAUGAACUGCCACACGCGUGUCCAUGUUGCGACAAGAAGUUUUCAAAUCCUCUUCAUGUCAAACGUCACAUGACUAUCCACACAGAGAAUAUCAAUUAUUCGGAAAAAUACAAAUAUAAAAGAUGCAAGUAUUGCUACCAAAAUAUUGCUACCAAAAGCUUUAAGAGCCACAUUUGUAAGAACCACGGUUCCUAUAUGUGUAGGUAUUGCCAGGAGUUAUUUGAGACUGUGGCAGCUCGGGUUACACAUAUUAGGUCGGUUCACAAUACCACUCCGAAGGCCGGCUUUUGCACGAGAUGUAACGUUGCCGUUAUGGAUUUAAGGACCCAUAGGACAUCGAAGCACCCUAGGCCGAAAACGCAACAUCUGUGCACUGUGUGCGGGUCUCAUACUUGGAACAUUUCUGUGCACAUGUAUCAGCACAGAACGCGCAGAGUAGCGGAAAAAGAACGCACUUAUCAGUGCCCCAUUUGCUCCAAGUUGUUUCACCACCCCUCCUUGCUGAAAAGGCACGUCCUUGUCCAUAGCGGCGAAAAGCCAUAUAUGUGCAGCUUCUGUGCGCGGUCGUUCAGUGACAAAUAUAAUCUAAAGGUACACGAGAGAAUCCACGUGGGAGAACGCAGUCACGUGUGCACGUUCUGCAACAAGAGGUUCUUAGAGAAGUCAUAUCUGAGAAGGCACAUGAAGACACACAAAGAGGGAUCUUGUCAAAAGAAGUUUUACGAUCCUGUCCCUGAUAUUUUAAAGGAUGAAUUAGAGUAGAUCUAAAAUAAAUUGAAUGAUAUUAA